UGGAUGGUACCAGGGCCUGUCACCGCCGGUAACGUAAAACGCCGUGGCGGCGAACUGCUUUCCGGCAGGACAAACUCUCUCAGGGUAGUGAGGCCCAGAGGAGACCAGCGGUAGAGAAGGUGGAGCAAAGGCAAAUGAGGAGACCUUUGCGCUGACUCUCAUCUUUUUCUGGAAAACUGGAUCCUUCGGACCACAUGAGGAUGAACCACAUGGAGAUGCAUCAUAUGGGGAUGAACCACACGGACGACAACAUCACCAUGCCACCCCACCAGCACCCCACCACCUCGGCCUCACACUCCCACGAGAUGAUGAUGCCUAUGACCUUCUACUUUGGCUUUAAGAAUGUGGACCUAUUGUUUUCCAGUUUGGUAAUCAACACACCUGGAGAAAUGGCUGGAGCUUUUGUGGCAGUGUUUUUACUAGCAAUGUUUUAUGAAGGACUCAAGAUAGCCCGAGAGGGUCUGCUUCGAAAGUCUCAAGUCAGCAUUCGCUACAAUUCCAUGCCUGUGCCAGGACCAAAUGGAACCAUCCUUAUGGAGACACACAAAACUGUUGGGCAGCAGAUGCUGAGCUUCCCCCACCUCCUGCAGACAGUGCUGCACAUCAUCCAAGUAGUCAUCAGCUACUUCCUCAUGCUCAUCUUCAUGACCUACAAUGGGUACCUAUGCAUUGCAGUAGCCGCAGGGGCUGGGACAGGAUACUUUCUCUUCAGCUGGAAGAAGGCUGUGGUGGUGGACAUCACAGAGCACUGCCAUUAACGUUAGACUCCACAGACGGCCUUAUUAAUUGCUGUAGGAAGCAUCUUGGGACUGGAAGAUAUGAUUCCCUCUCCAAUCAUCCCUCCUCUCUCCUGUCUCUUUAUACACACACACCUACUGAAUAGAGGUCUAGCUGACAGUCUCUGAGUAGUGGUUUUUCUAAUAAGAUGAAAUUGACUUUUCUCUUGAAAGUCACCUGUGAGAUGUCUUCUCCCUCAUCAUCCUGAGCCUUGUCUAAUCCAGGUAGCUUCCUAGUUAAUGAUUUGGUUAUCUGCUUCUUUCUACUUUUCCAGGGUUUUUUUUUUGGGGGGGGGUGCAUUUUUGUUUUAAACAGAUACUAUGUGUAUUUGGUGGCUGGGGUUCUGGGUCAGUGAUGGAACAGGAUUGAUGGCAAUUAGGGACAUCUCAUCCAGUCGGGACUUAAAUUUCACACUAGAAAAUAAUCUCCAGUCUUAGCACAGUGUGGGAAACACAGGUGCCUCUCCAGACCUAGUGCACUUACGCCGAAACCCGAGUAGUGUGUGGGGCAGACAGGGACUAAACGCAGGCCGAGUUCCCGCCCACUCAUCUACUUGUGUUCCUACUUAACAUUUUGAUUAGAAUGAACUUGCCAAUCCAAACAAAAACAGGACAAUCAAUUUAAGACAACAGGAAUAGAUUGUUAAAUAAAACCAUUAGUAUUUGACUUUGACUCGGUCCCUUGGUUUGUCCCAACUGAACAAGAGUUUGUAUUGUUUGUGUGUGUGUUUCUCAAAACCAACGAUUUUCAUUACUGUGCUGUAGAAUCACCCAGAGGGCUUGCUAAGACACUACGUGGUGGGCCGCAGCCCCAGAGUCACCAAACUUGGCAUUUCUGAGUUCCUAGGUGAUGUUUCUACUGAUAGUCCAGAGGAUUUACCUUAAGAGUCUCCGCAUUAAACUAGCAAAGGUGCACCUAGAAGGGACAGGAAUGGGGCUACCUGGUAUCAGGCAUGAAGAUCUGAUGCUGGUUAGUAGGGUAUGCCUUGGGCACAUGUCACAUAUAAAUGCUGCUGGUCGAUACUUAACCAUUCCACAAACUUGUAUUCACCUCCAAGUGUUUUAUGUAUACCCACAUACAAUGUGUGGGGUUACAGCCAAAGUACACUUAUCAGCAUAUAUGCAGUCUCUAGUCCUACUUUUAAAGAUCUAAGGUUCCUUGGAAGUUAUUUGAAGGCCAAGAGACCUUUGAUCUACUGGGUGAGUCAGCUAGUCAAAAGGCCAGAAAGGCAAACCCCAGCUUUCUUGUUUGGAGAGACAUGGGGCAUUGUUCUCAGUGUGCACUAUGUUGGCCCCUAUCCUCUACCCGACCACCUUUAUUAUUUAUGGGGAUUUACAUAGAUCACAGUGGCCAAAACCCCUUUUCUCAAGGAAGACUCUCAUCGGAUGUUCUGUUAAUCAUCAAUCUACAUGCAGGCUUGUUCCCAAACUACCUCUUUAAAGUUACUCUUCCUAUGCUGUCUGUAAAAUCCUGCCCUCUUUGGUGCUAGAUCCAGUUGUGCCUCAGAGCAGAAGAAACAAACCUGCCGUCUUGCUGUUUUGAAGUUUGUACUUUGUCUGUGCAUGCCAAUUAAAUAUUAGAGAACAAGGAAUGUGUACUUUGGUGGCUUUGAACCAAGAGAAGGUUUUAAGCCUAUUGGAUGGAGGCUAAAGAUCUUAGAAAUCAAUUUUAGAGCUUUGCUUUUCUCUUAGUUCAUCCUGCUGUGCUGGUUUUUAGCAUUGCAUGUAAAUGACAGGUACUGACAAGAGCCCAACAUUAAGGCGCAAAUAGCCUGCUGUCAUCUCAGAUGACAGGGAAUAAAAAACCCAGGGGAAUACAGAAACCACACUUAGUGGUGACCCUGGUGCUCUCUAGAUGCUCUCUCAAUCUCAAGAUGAGCUUCUAUAAAACAUCUUCCAGGGCCUGAGAUGCAGCUUGGAUGUGGAUCACUUACCUAGCAUGUGUCAAGCCCUGUGUUUAAGCCCUAACACCCUAAAAGCAAAGCAUAAACUAUCAGAAAUGGGAACUUAUCAUUGAGGUGAGAACAACCAAGGCCUACAAGGACAAGGUGCUAUGAAUCUGAAACCAAGAGAAACCUCACUUUGACAUGGUUCUUCAGGGUAGCUCUCGAUUAGAAAUAAGUCUACUGCAAAUCCUAAGCUUGAGAUCCCUGAACUAGGUUGCUGGAGAAUGUGGUUAGUGCAGAACAGAGGUGAGCUCAAGUCCCAUCCUCUUGAACUUUAUGCCCAGCCUUUGUGUUUAUCUAAAUGUCUUUCUUCUGUGGGAAGGCUAUACCUGAGUUUCUUUUCCCUUUUCCCUUUCUGUCUUUUUCCCCAGGUAGUUUAGUGUUUAACAUCUCUCACCUUCCUGAUGCAGUAGCACUGCUUGUGGUGGUUAGAAUUACCUAAUAAUUAGAAUCUGGUAUUUACACAGCAGUAGAGGUCCUAAGUUUGCUCCACUGGGAUUUCUUUCUAUAGAGCUGGGUAGGAUUAGCGUCCCCAGAGUUACAGGUCCUAGGUGCUGCCUGAGUCAGGAUGGAAGAACAGCCAGCACCAUUGCCGACAUGUGCACCGUCCUCAACAUCCAUCCAAUUUCUUCACGGUCUGUGGUGGGGUUGUCCCACACUCCCUUGCAGGAGUCAGGAGAGCGAGGCAAGGGUACAUCAUGUCAUGUAAUCUUGAGCCUGCCCUUUCCAGCCACUUGAGAAGAUGCAUUAGACGACAGGUCUGCAUUUGAUGUAAUGCCUUAAUCCCUGGGUCUACAUUCACGUUGACUGUUUCAGAGACUGUAAGCUCCCAGAGAGCAGGAUUGCUGUAAUGGGAAUGUUUUAAGUGUUGUGUGCAAGAAAACAAAAUAAAUGUUUUGAUUUUUUGUGA